UUGGUUCGUGUUCCUCAUACUCAUUUCAAAUGAAGAGAUACUUUUCAAUGUUUGCCUCUUUCAUUGUGCGCAUAUCAGCAAUGACCAGUGAUCGCAGUCAACAUGGGUCUAUCUGUUAUGCAGGAUACGCCUGGAGCGAAGAUAAAGCCAUUUGUGAGAAAUGUCCAAUUGGUUUCCAAAACAUAAAUUGUGCUGAAAAAUGCAAGUAUCCAAGCUUUGGGGAAGAAUGCCAAGAAGAAUGCACAUGUAGCAAACAUUUAUGUGAUUUCAAACUUGGAUGUCGUGAGCAGAGAACGACAGGACAUUCGCAAUAUACGUCUGCAUCCAGCUUUAGUUCUGGUGACAAAGGCGCUUCCACACUUUCCACCACUACAAUACGAUUAUUGACCACCGAAUCACCGAGGAGAGCUGAUUUAAUUCUGUACGGUAUAUUUAUUCUAGUUGGAAUUCUUGUUGUCUUUCUGGGUAUAUUUGUCGCUGCCUAUCUCUACAAGCUAUGUAGUCGAAAAAGAUCUGUGUCUGUUGGAUAUGUAACAGCCUCUCCCACUGUUGUUGAAAGCUACAAAGGACUUGGAAGUCAAUCCAGAGAGGAGGAUAUUGUUAUGUCUGAAAGGGAAAAUUUGUCAACUGGUCCUCUUUAUUUAGAUCCAAUUCCUAGACAACAGACGCGGUAUAGCUUUGGUGGAGACCAAUCGUCUUCAGAUGUGGACAAUGUAUAUUUAGAAGUGAUCGAAAAUGAUUAUGAGAACGAAACAUUUACCGAUGACACUUUUUCAGCCUGACCGUGUGGAGAUCAUUGAUUAAAUUCCAAAAAUCAGGAGAACUAUCCACAUUCUACAUAUUAUUUGAAAAGAGAAAAAUUAACUACGGAUCUUUAAACACAUCAAAACCGCAUUUGCUUUUAAAGAAACCCUGUGCGUUUUAGAAUGAUUGAUUGAUUGAUUGUAUAUUGUUUAACGUUCCACUCAUAUGUAGAUGUCACCAAUGCCAAUGAUGAGCUGUAAAAUUUAGGCCUAGGCUCGGCGCUUAUGGCCUUUGAACAGAGAGGGAUCUUUAUCGUCCCACACCUUCUGUGACACGUGUCUCGAUUUUUGUGGUCUCAUCCGAAGGACCGCCCCAUGUAGUCGCCUCUGAUGACAAGCAAGGGGUACUGAGGACCUAUUCUAACCUGGAUCUCCACGGAAGGCGUGUAUAUUAGCACAAAUCUGGGUUUUCUUUCAUCUCAGAGUGUACGCUUGUUCUAAUUUUACACAAAGCGUAAGUUCGAGACUUACGUAAGUAAUUUUGAACCAUAUUCUGAUUUAUCAAAAGGCUUAACUGGACACCUAAGUUAAGAAAAAUAUUUAAACCUGAUCUUGGGUAGACGGAACUAGGUUAGUAAACACAAAACAUUUAGGAUUUUCUUAUUUCCAUUACAAUUUAGGAUAUUCAAAACGCUUUUUAAAGUAUAUAUAGACGAAAACUUCAUUCAGUCAGCUUAUCGACUUCCUUUGAAAAUGGAGCAAUUAUUCCUAUUUUACCUUUUCUACUCUAUUUGGUUUUUUACUUCGUUAACAGACUACAAACUAAUGAUUCUUGUACCUUUGACUUGAGACCGUAAGCAUAAUUAUUUUUACAAAUACCAUGUAUAUUUAUAUGUACAUGUAUGUAAAUUAUGUUAAUAAAUAAUUUGAAUAAUCACUUGAUUAUCAUUAAAUAGUUUUGUUUU